CUCGCAUGUAUGUAGUCAUAGCGACGGUGGUAAACGUUCUGUCAGUUGUAGUACUGAGGAAAGCUUACUAAACUUGGUUUGUUGGUGGUGUAAACUUUACACGGUGACCUCGUUAUGUUUGUAAAAGUACUUCUAGAGUUCAGAUAGUGCGGAAUUCAGACGUGACAUUACAAACGUAAUAGUGAAAUGGAGUAUAUGUCAUAAUUUGUGAGUAACAGAACUUCUGAUAUUAAUUAAUGUUAUCGAGGUAAUUUGUUUACUUUACUGGAAGGUUCUCAUCAUGACCCAAGAGGUUCUUCCAUCAUUAUCCAUAGUGGACCAGUUGAAGAAGUAUAAACAACGGGAUCUCUUUCCAACACUCUUCUACAAAGCAGCUGUGAAAUCUUUUGGACCACCCCAAUCAAGACGCAGAAUAAUUAUUGCCCCUCCCAUGACAAGUGAUGGUGAGGGAUAUAGCUGUUCACAAGGCCAGCAAGCCAAAAGACUAAGAAGCCAUCAAACUCCUAAAGCUGAAACACUAGUAAAACAGAAUAAGGAGAAUGAGGAGCAGCAGGAAUCAACAAAACCAGGAGAGAUAGAAAAACUUUCAGAAUUACAGAAAGACUGCCAGGAAUGGAUUGCAGAACGAAUUCAGUUCAGGAAGCAGUUGGAUAAUAUUGGAAAUGUUGAAGCAUGGCUGGAAGGAAAGAGCUUGCUUACUGAACUGGAAAUCAGAGUUUUGGAAGGCAAUGAAAAGAAAAAGUCUACAGAAUGUUCCAUACCAAUAAGCCCUAUCUUAAAGGAAAAGGAUUCUGCAUCUUCACAGCAGAUUAGGUGGUCAAAGUCCCGUUCCAUCACUCCUAUCAUCCGCAGACCAUCUCCUCAGGCUUUUGAGAUUUUACACCACUACCUUCAGAAACAUGGCUUACGACUAAUAGACCUUUUCCGCAGGGCCAAAAAAAACAAGAAAGGAAAGAUGACAAGAGAAGAGUUUCAAAAAGUCAUCCUGGAGGCUAACAUCCCUGUGGAUGAGACACAGCUAGAUGACCUGAUGGUAUACCUAACUAAUGAGGAUGCAGACUCCAUCAGCUUUAAGGAGCUUGUUGCUGGCUACCGCCUGUGGAAACUUGAAAACAGGGAAGAACAGAAGUCUGUGUAUGAGAGUGUUUCGUCAGGUCGAAGCACGUGUCUUGAACAGGAGCAGUCAUUGCAUAAGCAUCCUCUGUCUGCAGACAGUUCCCGAGUUUUGACCAGAAAUGUUAGUGCUGUCUCCACUGUCAAAUUUAUUAGUGCAUGUAGCAGCAGGAGUUCACCACUUUUGGAAGUGCCGCCUGAAAAUUUGGAAGAAUGGGUCUCCAUGGAUUAUGAAGAUAUGGAAGAAAUGGGUAAAAGAGAUCGAGAGAGGAGACGCAGACUUAAGCUUACUUUUCUUGAUGUGGACUCAUCAGAGGAGUGUUCAGUAGUAAAAACAGGAAACUUGGCAAUUGAUAGCCACUCUCUGAUGUCAACAUUAAGUGGUGAGUGGGGAGAGUCCAUAGAUCAGUACCGAAGAACAACUUUCAAGGAGUACAUGCAAGUCUUACAACUAUGUCAGAGAUACAAUGUAGAACUCACAGAAAAACUCCUCGAGAGAGUUCUGCUACAUCCUGGUGAUAGACCAGUAAGCAAGUGCAAACAACAACUGCCCAGGAAACAAGGAGUUGGGCUUCUGUCUCAUGCUGCCCUGAAGUGGGGUUCUAAAGGCAGAGAUGCAGAACCAGGAACAGUAACUGAAGAACAAGCAGCAGUUGAUGAUCAACAUGAAUUUUCAGUUUCCAGCAGGAUCCAUAGCAACAGAUUGCUAUAUCCUAAGAGAAAACAUGUUGCACCAAGAAGUACUGUAAUGCAGCUGUCAACAGGGCAAGCUGAAGUGCAAAGAAAGAUUGAUUGUUGGAUGACCUUUGAGGAAUAUGCACGCUUCAUGAGAAAAUUGAAACGGAAGAUACGCUAUCAUUCAGUCCACGCAGAUCCAAAUGCUUUCUGGCCUGGGUAUCUUCAGGACAAGUUGUGUAUUUACCUGCAGAAUGUGAAACAGACAGGAAAAGGAACUGUCUUCAGUUAUAUUGACCAUAAACCAAGGACUGAUCUUGGUAUUUCAAGCUGGCCAGUCAGUGAUCUGGGUUACGUGACAAGUGGAGAUAUUGAGAUGAAAAAGGAAUACUACCUAAAAUUUUCAGAGGGGGAAGCACCUGAAUUUUUGUCUUCUGUAUUCCUUUAAAAUGAUGUGGGAAGUAAACCUGAGUAAAUUUUGCUUAGGCGGUAGGGUUUGCUCUGGCAUGAAUUACAUUAAACAGACAAUUUCAUGCUUAUGCAUAAUUGAGGCUACUUUGUUUGGGAAUGUUUUUGGUUGUGUGAUCAUGUUUGCUUUGGUUUUCUAUUUAAAUCAUCAUUCUUUUAGUUUGACUGUUAAAUCAUAUAAGUAUUUACUCUACAGCAGUUUCUAAAACCUCAACCUGUUAACAAAUGACUGUUAUGGUCAACAGUCAAAAAUGUUCUACUUUUGGAAACAUUUUUUCCUGGUUCAACCUGAAAUACAUUGUUUCAUUAUACCACAACCCACUGUACAUGGUUAUUAAAAUUCUUCAGUGGUUCAAAUCACA